GAAUCUUGUUUAUUUUCUUUCUCUUUCUCUUCAAGAAUCAUAAUGUGUUUACACCAUUCCAUAGCAAAAGAUCCUAGUAGUUUGGCUAACUUGAAGCAAGUCAAAAAUACUCACUUACAUUUGGAUUGGACUAUCUCUUUUGAUAAAAAGAAUAUCUCUGGUCACGUUAUUUUGGAUCUGCAUACUUUGGAAGAUAACGUUGACAAGGUUAUUUUGGACUCUAGUUAUUUGGAUAUUCAACGUGUUUCUUUGAACGAACAAGAUCUUACCUAUACUAUUAGUGAACGUCACCCUUGUCUUGGUUCUGCCCUUACUAUUCAACUUGCUCAACCUAUUGUCACUGCUGGUACAAAGUUCCAAUUGAAGAUUGACUAUAAUACUACUGAUAAAUGUACUGCUAUUCAAUUCUUGGAACCUGAACAAACUGUUGGCAAGAAACAACCUUACUUGUUCUCUCAAUGUCAAGCCAUUCAUGCUCGUGCUUUCUGUCCUUGUCAAGAUUCUCCUGCUAUCAAAUUAACUUAUUCUGCUUCUGUCACGUCUCCUUUACCUGUAAUCAUGUCUGCUCUCAAGACAGGGGAAGUUCAAGGUACCAAUGGAUUAACUACCUAUGGAUUUGAACAACGUACUUCCAUUCCUAGUUAUUUGAUCGCCAUUGCUGCUGGUAACUUGGUAUCUCGUGAAAUUGGUCCUCGUAGUUCCGUUUGGUGUGAACCUGAAGUCAUAGAACAAGCUGCUUGGGAAUUUAACGGUACUGAAGAAUUUAUCCGUACUGGUGAAGAUUUGUUAACACCUUAUGAAUGGGGACGUUAUGAUUUAUUGAUCUUACCUCCUUCUUUCCCUUAUGGUGGUAUGGAAAAUCCUUGCUUGACCUUUGUGACACCAACAUUAUUAGCAGGUGAUAGAAGUGCAGUCGAUGUAGUGGCUCAUGAAAUCGCUCAUAGUUGGAUGGGUAAUUUGGUUACUACUCACAACUGGGAACACUUUUGGUUGAAUGAAGGUCAUACUGUUUUCAUCGAACGUAAGAUUACUGGUCGACUUCAUGGUGAAGCUGAACGUCAAUUCAGUGCUAUUAUCGGAUGGAAGGCAUUGAAAGAAAGUGUGGAAUUAUUUGGCACUGAUUCCCCUGCAACUGUUUUGAAACCUGAUUUGAGUAGUGGUAUUGAUCCUGAUGAUUAUUUCUCUAGUGUACCCUAUGAAAAGGGUUUCAACUUGCUGUAUCAUAUUGAAAAAGUCGUCGGGGGUGGUGAUAUCUUUGAACCCUUUUUGAAGUCUUAUGUCGGAAAGUUUGCUGGUCAAUCUAUUACAACAGAACAGUGGAAGGAUUAUUUGUAUGAAUACUUUGAAAAGAAUCAUGGACAAACUUUAGUGGAUAAACUCAAUACUAUUGAUUGGAACACCUGGAUUAAUGGUCCUGGUAUGCCUCCUGUGGAUCCUGAAUUUGAUACUACUCUUGCCAAACAAUGUUAUGAUCUUGCUGAUCGAUGGGAUAAGGCUCGUGACAAUACUGAUCUCUCUGGUUUCACUGCGUCUGAUGUUGAAUCAUUCUCUGCUGGACAAAAAAUUGUAUUCUUGGAAAGACUUACCGAUUGUGCUCCUUUGCCUCAUGCUUUGAUUCGAAAGAUGGAUGAACUUUACCAAUUGACAAAGAUUCGCAACGCUGACAUCCGAUUCCGCUGGCAAAACCUUUGUGUGGUGACCAGUUAUGAACCUAUCUACCCUGAAGUAGUUGAAUUUAUCACUGAACAAGGUCGCAUGAAGUUUGUCCGUCCAUUGUACCGUCUGUUACACGAAGCCAAGAAUGGAAAACAACUUGCUAUUGAUACUUUCUUGAAACACAAGGACUUCUAUCAUCCUAUUGCUGCUACUUUGAUUGAAAAGGAUAUUGGACUCAAGCAAUAGAUUAUAUUAGUUUAGUUUAGGUUUUCACGGUAACAUCUCUUGUCUUUUUUUUUUCAUGUUGUUUAUAUUUGUAGAAAUAAAAUUUGGAUUACGUCAAUGUCUUCAUCACUCUCUUCCUCAAUAUAUCUUGAUUUGUUAGUAUUUUUUUGUUAGUG